AUGUGUAUAUCACAUCUUGGCCAAAUUAUUUAUGGAUCGAUUGCUGUCGUCAUUCUCGCAUCAUUCUGUACAGCUAUUGUACUUGAUGAUUGGGUAGAAUAUAGAGGUGAUAGAUUUGGAUACACAACUGAGUGCUCAAAGAUUGACAGUGAUUAUUGUGGCAUAUGGAAAGUAGUAUGUUAAUCUUUAUAAAAACUAAUGUUCUAUACUAUCUAUUUAUACUUAUGCACAGUUUUUAUUUUUAUGAUACAAAGAACCAAAAAAGGUUAGUACUGAUGCAAGUAUAACAAGUAUAAUGACUUCAAAGAGUUGACGUUUUGAUGUCUUAAAUGACAAUGCUUUCAGGUGACAGAAAAAAUCAGAGGUUACGUACUAGUGCUCCUCGGCCUUACGGUAGCCAUUAAAGUUGGGGCAGUUAUCUACAACUUCACUACAUUCUUCUGUAUCUGUUGCCGAUCUUUCUUUUUGUUACCUUUGGUGGCUUUGGGGUUAGCUAGCGUUUUGACAGCGGGGCCUUUAGUCUACUUGACUCACAGUGACUUUAUGCAAGCUCGUAAGUUAAGUUUUGAUUAUAAUCGGUUGUUUCAAAAAGAAUGGCCGUUUUGGCGGACAAAUCAAGGUUAAAACCGGUCAUUCUUUUUAGAACAACCUAAUAAAUUAUAGAAAUGUAAUUAGAAGUCUGUAAAUUACUUUACAGAACGAACCUUUUCUCCUGAGGAUACCGAGUACGGUAAGAGUUUUUACAUUGCUGGCGGUGGCUUGAUUUUGGCUGUUAUCAACCUUAUUGUUAGUGUUGCUACCCUUCGAUCAACUUAA